GGUUUGACAAACAGGAGAGUAUAAAAACACAAAGACCAGCAUACAGUCUUGUCAACAAUCAACCAGGCUCAACUACAGAUUCUAAGAGUGCACUGGACAACAAUUUUUUGAAAAUGCUGCAUCUUAUUCUGGUUCUUGCUGGAGUUUUUUCAGUGGGCACGGCUAUGCCUUUACCUGACUUUUACUCAUACUCACCUGCUGCUGGGGACGGCUCUGGAAGUUCAUAUUCCACUGCACACGAGGGUCACAUUACUGGUAUCCGAGUCUGGGAGUACACUAGUUGGUACAUUAGUGGAUUUCAGCUGAGAUACAACAGUAACUGGACAGACAUGGUUGGAGUAAAUUACGGCAAUCUAAUGGAGAUGACGCUGCUCGACAAUGAAUUCAUCGUUCAGGUCUCUGGAAAGCACGACUAUGGUUACUAUGGUUACAUCUUUCAGCUCAUCUUUGUCACUAAUCACGGGCGCAUGUUUAAAGUGGGACAGCCUUCAGGCACCUCAUUUAACUUCUACCCCACCCAUGAUGGAAGUGAACUACGUUUCCUAAGUGGUCGACAGAAUGGACAAGGUAUCACCUCUAUUGGAGCUCACUGGGCUGUUUAUUACCCCAGUGCAACAGAUGAGGGCGGUACUGGUGCAGCUCAGCCUUAAAAUGACUAGUUUGUCUUGUCCAAUGCAAAACAGCUACAAACACUCUUUUUUGUUUGUUUAUUUUAGCGCAUACCAAAUGUGACCCUGGACGACAAAACCAAGUCAAUUUUUAGAAAUUGAGAUUUUUACAUCAUCUGAAAGCUGAAGAAAUAAACUGGCGGAACAACAACUAUUUACAAUGCUGGAAUCUGAGGGUGCAAAAAAAUCAAAAUACUGAGAAAAUCGCCUUUGAAGUUGUUAAUCUGAGGCACUGUAGCAGGCCAUCCACUCACAAAAAUAAAGUUUUUAUACAUAUACAGUAGGAAAUUUAUAAAAUAUCUUCAUGGAACAUGAUCUUUACUUAAUAUCCUAAUGGUUUUUGGCAAAAAGAAAAAUCGUUAAUUUUUACCCAUACCAUGUAUUUUUGCCGAUUACUAAAAAUGUUCCCGUGCUACUUAAGACUGGUUUUGUUGUCCAGGGUCACAAAUGUGUUCUACAUAGAUACAUUUCGAUCUAAAUAAACAUGUAUGAGCAACACUA